UUAUGAGAAACGUCGUCGUUAUUUCCUACAUUCCAAAUUAAGAAAAAAAACAAUGAAAUCAUUAUUAUUGUUUUCAAUUUUAGAAAAUAAUCAGAUCUAUCCUACGUGAAGGGGGAGCUCAAGAACAGAUCGCAUUAAUUCGAUCGAUUCUCUUCCAUAAUUUCCACUCUAUCAUCCGCCAUUAUUACAAUCUUGAUUAAAUUUCAAAAUUUCAAUCAUUUGAAGGCGAAUUUCCCUAAUUUUCCCUCCUUUCAGAUUUCUGGAAAUUCAGUAGAAAAUGGCGAAGGAAACUGGUUACUAUGAUUUACUAGGAGUUGGUAUUGACGCUACGCAAACUGAGAUUAAGAAGGCCUACUAUGUUCAGGCAAGGAUUGUUCAUCCCGAUAAAAAUCCUGGAGAUCCACUGUCUGCCCGGAAGUUUCAGGAACUUGGCGAGGCUUAUCAAGUAUUAAGUGAUCCUGAGAAACGCGAGGCAUAUAAUAAGUAUGGGAAGGAAGGUGUACCACAGGAUGCCAUGGUAGAUCCAGCAGCAGUAUUUGGGAUGCUUUUUGGAAGUGACUUUUUUGAAGACUAUAUUGGCCAACUUGCAUUGGCAACUAUAGCAUCUGUUGAGUUUGAAGAGGACCCCCAGCUUCCCGCUGAAGUUAGGAGGCAGAAAAUUCAGGAAAAGAUGAAGACAAUGCAACAGGAAAGGCAAGACAAACUCAUAAUGACCCUUAAAGACCGUCUUCGACCGUAUGUAGAUGAUCGCAUCGAUGAGUUUGUAGAUUGGGCAACAUCAGAAGCAUCUAACCUCUCAAAAGCUGUUUUUGGUGAGGCCAUGCUACAUACAAUUGGUUAUAUUUAUACAAGACAAGCUGCCAAAGAACUUGGAAAGGAGAAAAAAUUCUUUAAAGUACCCUUUUUAGCAGAAUGGGUGCGUGACAAAGGACAUCAGAUAAAGUCACAGGUGAUGGCAGCUUCAGGAGCUGUGUCAUUGAUUCAAAUACAAGAGGAUCUAAAGCGGUUGAGUCAAGGAGAAAACAAGGAAGAGAACAUGAUGAAAGCUAUGGAAGAGAAGAAAGACGCCAUGCUUAAUUCCCUUUGGCAGCUCAAUGUCAUUGAUAUAGAGACCACCUUGUCACGUGUCUGCCAAGCAGUUCUUAGGGAUACUACUGUUUCAAAGGAUGUUCUCAAGUCACGUGCUAAGGCAUUGAGGAAACUCGGAACGGUAUUUCAAGGUGCAAAGGCUCCUUACAAGAGAGAAAACAGUCUCCGGAGUGAAGUAAUCACCCCUGCUGGCACCCCAGCGGACACAACAGCGCCAAAUCAAUCUUGAAUUUCUAUCAACAACCCCCUCAGUGUGUAUGUACUUGGCAUAUCAUUGAUCAUCUGCUAUGCUGUUAUUUGUAUUCAACCAUUGUUUACACAGCAGUGUGUUCCGUUGCUGUAUUCAAACCCAGUUGACAUAAUUUUUCCCCCUGUAGUUGUGUUGUACAUUAUUUGCCUUCAGUUUGGUGUUGAAUACCGCCUUAUAACUCUUGCAUUAUUGAAUUAUAUGCAAUGAAAUGAGAAGGUGCCAUUUCAUUUUGUAA